AUGGCAACUGAAGCUACUGUCCGCAAAUUCUUUGCUUCAUCUGCUUACGCAGUUGCAGGCGCCAGCUCUAACCCUGCUAAAUUCGGUCACCGCGUCUUUGCCUGGUACCUUCAUCAUGACCUGCCUGUCACUCCCAUCAACCCGGGGUCAGAGUCGAUCAAUGCGCUGAACAAGGACCAUCCUACUGUUCCUAACGUGUCAGCACUUUCAAACCCUACUCAGACUUCUCUUUCGGUCAUCACGCCCCCAGCAGCAACUCUCAAGGUGCUUCAGGAAGCUAAGGAGAAGGGUAUUCCAUCUGUUUGGCUGCAGCCUGGCAGUUUUGAUGAUGCUGUUCUCGACUUUGCCAAUGCCCCAGGAACUUUCGAAGCUGUAGUUGCUGGAGAUGGUGGCCGAGGUUAUGAGGGAUGGUGUGUUUUGGUUGACGGUGAGAAAGGAUUGAAAGCUGCAGGAAAGCUGUAG